AUGUGCUGUGAUGGGUUCCGCUCAGUGGCUGAUAAAUUGGAGACAAAUGGGACAGACGAGGUGGAGAAACUGAAGUCAGCAUGGCACAAUGUGAAAUAUAGUUGGGUUCUUAAGUCAAAAACUGCCUUCAGUUGUAAUUCUCCCAUUUUCUUGUUGGGGAAAUGCUACCACUUAAAGGCAGUGGAUGAUGAAAGCCCUACCGAGAGUUGUACUGCUGAAGAAUUAGAUGACAGUGUUGUUACAGGUAAUGUUGAUGGAUUUCGAAAGGACUUCUCCUCACGAGUUUGGCUGACCUAUCGGGAAGAGUUCCCUGCCCUUCCAGGCUCCACUCUCACUUCAGACUGUGGGAGGGGUGGUACACUCCGGGCAGGGCAGAUUAAUUUGGCCCAGGCUCUCUUGCUUCACAUCUUGAGUAUAGAAUGGACCUGGUCAGAAGCAUUGACCUUGGAGCCCCUGGAUACGGAGACAUGGACCAGCAGUGCAGCACGAAGACUGGCGGCCACAUUAGAGGCCUCCAUUCUUCCCCUAGCGCAGGUCAACCAGCAGCCUCUCUGUGCUGCUCAAGGAGGUGCUGAGGAGGCUGACUCGUACCUACAAGAAGCAUAUCACCGCACCUUCAUGUCCUGGUUUGGGGAUGGACCCUCAGCCCAGCUGGGCAUCCACAGACUAAGAAAUGGUUUGGUUUUUGAGAGUCUGAGAUGCACAGCGCUGCUGUUUGUUUGUCUGUGCUGCCAUCGAGGUCCCUGCGUCACCCACCACCAACCCCAGCCUGAUCUUACGUCUCAAAUAAAGACUGUUAACUUGCAACUUGCUUCCUGUCCUUUAUACGAUCGUGACAUGUACAGUGCUGAUGUUAUUGAUAGCCAUUCAGGGUGGACCGCCAGCCACAGUGAUCCUCAGGGACUCAAUUCUGAAGCUGCCCCUGAUGGUAGAGCUUUCAUCAUACUCAUUCCUCUGAGACUCGGUGGAGAGAAAAUCAACCCAGGAUACUUAAGCGUUGUCAAGAGCAUAUUAAGCUUAGAGUACUGUAUCGGCGUCUUUGGCGGAAAGCCUAAACAGGCCUACUUUUUUGUUGGAUUUCAAGAUGACAGCUUGAUUUACAUGGAUCCUCAUUACUGUCAGUCUUUUGUGGAUGUCAGCACAAGUGAUUUCCCUCUGCAGUCAUUUCAUUGCCCAUCACCAAAGAAAAUGUCUUUCAGUAAAAUAGAUCCAAGCUGUACAAUUAGAUUCUACUCAAAAAAUGUUGAACACUAUGAAAGAAUCAGUACCGAGCUGUCAAUGAUAUUGCAGCCUUCAUCGAAAGAGAAGUACCCUCCAUUCACUUUUAUGAUGGGACACGGGAAGGAUUAUGAACUUUCAAUUGCUGUAGAAAAGCGAAAAUGGCCUUUUAUCAGGGACACAAGGAAAGCAGGGACAACAUCAGGAGACUUUGUGCUGCUCUUAGACUUCACGCCAGUCAUCCAAAACCAAGUGAUGCACCACAAAUCAAGACUGGAUCAGUCUGUAUUUACCAGAGGUGGAAAGACAAUCAGCUCACUGGGAAAACAGGGGCGGGAGAGGGGAGGAAAAUCAUUUGAACUCAUGAUCCACGAUAGAUUGGCCCGUGCACCGGGGUCGUCACUGGGCCAGGAUGACAGUUCAGGUCAAUACCAGGGGCAAGAAGGUGGCCAAGGCAAGACCCCAGAGGCCUCGUUCAGAGUCUUGAACUCUGGAUGCUGA